AUGGCUCAUAUCAAGUCGAGGUCUUCUCAGUCGGUUGGGAUGAACUCAUAUCAAGUCGAGGUCUUCUCAAUCGGUUGGGAUGAAAGCACUUAUCAAGUCGAGGUCUUCUCAGUCGGUUGGGAUGAGUAUGGUCUAGCUUGCUCAUAUCAAGUCGAGGUCUUCUCAGUCGGUUGGGAUGAGUAUGGUCUAGCUUGCUCAUAUCAAGUCGAGGUCUUCUCAGUCGGUUGGGAUGAGUAUGGUCUAGCUUGCUCAUAUCAAGUCGAGGUCUUCUCAGUCGGUUGGGAUGAGUAUGGUCUAGCUUGCUCAUAUCAAGUCGAGGUCUUCUCAGUCGAGGAGUAUGGUCUAGCUUGCUCAUAUCAAGUGCAGGUCUUCUCAGUCGGUUGGGAUGAGUAUGGUCUAGCUUGCUCAUAUCAAGUCGAGGUCUUCUCAGUCGGUUGGGAUGAGUAUGGUCUAGCUUGCUCAUAUCAAGUCGAGGUCUUCUCAGUCGGUUGGGAUGAGUAA